AGAAAAGACUUCGAGCCCCACAAUGCUUUGCGUUUCCAACAUGGCGCCUCCCAUAUCUGCUUGACUUAUGUCAACAAGACCGAAACGCCGCUGAAGGUAAACGGGGGCUUUAUAAGGACACUAACUAAUAAUACAUCGACAGGGACGAUGAAAGUGUUGUUGGCUGUGUUAAAGCAAAUCCACAAGCCAGCUCUUUGCACCGGUAACCCGCGCUGUCUGAGCUCCGGGGCCACCAGCGGCCUGUUACCUCUCGGGGAUGAAGCUCCAAUGGUGGGCUCCAGCCCGGAGCUGGUGCAGAAGCUGGGCUCGCAGGUGGAGGUGAGGACGGACUUCAUCACUGAGGCAGAAGAGGCUGCUUUUCUGCGGGAGCUGGACCCAGGCCUGAAGAAGAAACGCUACGAAUUUGAUCACUGGGACGAUGCAAUCCAUGGGUACAGAGAGACUGAGCGUCUGAGGUGGGGCGCGGCAUGUGAGGAGAUCUUGAAUCGGGUCCGAUCUACAGCAUUUCCUGAAUGUAGCCAGCUCCUCGGCCCUGUGCACGUUAUAGAUUUGGACAAGACUGGCUACAUCAAGCCCCACAUCGACAGUGUCAAGUUCUGUGGAAGCACCAUUGCAGGGUUGAGUCUGUUGUCUGACAGUAUUAUGCGCUUAGUGAAAGAGGACACACCCAGUGAAUGGCUGGAUCUGCUGCUUUCCCGACGCUCCCUCUACAUACUGAGGGACCAGGCCAGAUAUAAGUUCACUCAUGAGAUCCUGAAAAAUGAGGAGUCUGUGUUCAACGGGCAGAGAGUGCCUCGACAGCGACGCAUUUCUGUCAUCUGUCGUAACCUUCCAGGAUAAGCUCCAGCUCUAAUAACAGCAGCAGAUCAUCAAGUCCAACUUUGAGGUUUCUGCCAGUGAUACUCAUGGAGAUAUCAAGGCUAAGAUCUUUCAAGUUUAUUAGCGACUAUAAAUGUGUGUGUUCAGAAUGUUUAUUGGACGUGACGCUCUUCUGGUCAUGCUGUUGAAAAAGACUAUAAAUUGAUUCAAUUUAAAUGGCAUUCUUCUAAAUUUGCACUGGAUCUUGCCGAAGACGUCGGAUUUAAACGUAUCUGAAUGUUGUUUUCGGUUCAACAUUAAAAUGUUGUUUCAGAUUUGUGUAUUUAUACAAUAAUUUCAUCACUUUGUUGCGCUUUUCUAAUUCUGUAUAAUACAGAGUCUCUUUGUGAAACAUUUCCAAUGUACCUUAGCAAAUAAAAUUAUGAUCUUGAAUGCUUUAAAAACUUUUAACUGAACAUUGUGUGAGAACUCAAAAAAUGGUUUAUUAAUGAAUAUAAUUAGGAACAAAUUACACAAAUACGCAGCUGGACAACACUUGGAGUGAAGUGCUGUGAAACAUCAGCACUUUACUCCAAUUCUUUAAGUACUGACAUCACUACACUAACAUCUAAUGUUCUAAUUGAAAACAGUGUGUCCUUCUGCUCAAUGGUUUGCCUAAAAAUGCACUUUAAUGUUUAUAUUGUUUAUAAUUUCCCCUAGGGAUCAAUAAAGUAUUCUGAUUCUGAUCAACUUUUUUGUGCUGCUGCCACUAGAUGGCAGCAGCACAUCUUCUCUGAUAAGGAAACUUCAUUGCAGGAGGAACCGCACUCUAUUCGUUGAUCCUAAAUGAAAGGGAUCAAGACAUAAAGUACUUAAACAUGACUUCCUCGGCAACCCUAGUUUAGACAAAUACUCCUUAUGUACUUCUUUAGUCUUUUAACACAGGUAAAGAAGACUACUAAAUUAUUUAUUUUAUUGUAAUGACUGCAUAUGAGUUGGGUUUCAACACACUGAUAACACCACAGUCGGGGAGUCAAUAUAAUAGUAUAUUGCAGAGAGGAAUGGGGAUUAGGUCUCAUUCAAAGACAUGGUGGUUACAGAACUUCUGGGCCUGGGAUUAAAAGGUAAAAUGCAUCUUUAAAGACGAUGUCUGUGAUGUGCUAAUUAUCAUGUUUAUUUUUUUCAAACAGGGGCUCUAGACUCAGGCUGUGGAGGGGCUUCCCGGGAUGCCCUGACCACUUCUUCCAUACCCAUGUGAUUUUUUUUUUUUAAUGCUCUGUUGCAUGUUGUAUCUUUUAUCUAUACCAUCCUUCAGGUUUUGUUUUGUCUUUUGUUGUUCAUGGUCUUUCUUCUCUUUCCCAGCUGGCCAAGGCAGAUGUUUGUUCUUCUCUGAGUGUGAUUCUGUCUCACAUAUAAACCUAAUGAAAGGGGGUUCCUUCUCUCGACUGUUGCCAAGUGCCGGUUCAUAGGGUGCUUUGUGAUUUUGGGGGUUCUUGCUCUGAUAUUGUAGAGUCUAUCCUGGUUUGAGCUGGUGUAAUGCAAAUAUAUUUCAAUUAAAUUGUAUCUAUAUUGUGCUAAUUCACAACAACAGUCACCUCAAGGCACUUAAUUUUGCAAGAUACAGUAUUAGAAUGAAACCCUAACAAUCACACAACCCUCUAUGAGCAAGCACUUGGUGACUUAGGGACAAAUUCAAGCACAACCAGGCUCAGGGAGGGGCAGCCAUCUACUGUCACUGGGUGGGGGUGAGAGAAAAAAGAAGAGAGUGAAGAGAAAGAGGACAAAAGGUAAACUACAGGAGUGAUGGGCAGAGUUUAAGAAUUGCUAAUGACUGGGAGCUGGUCUCCCAGAAGAGAGGUCUGAUAGCUGAAGGUUCUGCCUCCCAUUCUAUUUUCAAAUGUCCUAGGGCCCACAAGUAAGCCUGCAGUCUGAGAGUGAAGUGCUCUAUUGGAGUGAAAUGCUACUAUGAGGUCAUUAAGAUAAAUGGAGCCAGAUCACAUAGGUUCAUAGAUAGAUAAAACUGGGUAUCAUCUCCAUAGCAAAGAAAAUGUACCCAAUGUUUUCUAAAAAUAUUACCUAAUGAAAGCAUGUAUAAUAUAAAAAAGUACUGGUCCCAUCACAGAACCCUGUUGAACUCCCUGAAUAGCUUUUGUGUGUGAAAAGAGGCUCCUCGUUCACAUGAAAAAACUAUAAUCUACAUGUGUGAUACAUGUGAUUCACUACAGUACUCUUGAUACCAACAGUGUGUUCUAAUCUCUGCCGUAACAUAUUUGGUCAGUGAUAUUGAAUGCUGCAAUAAGGUCUUGCAGGCCAAGCAGUUAAUAGUCAAGAGGCCAUAAGACUUUAACUGGUGCAGUUUCUGUGCCAUUCUGCACUCUAAAUCCUGACUAAAAGAUUUUAAAGUAAACAAUUCGUUUGAAAAAUGUUCAUUUAAUUGUUUGACAACUACUCUUUCAAGACUUUUUGAAAUAAAAGGUUUGAAAUUGG